AAAACAACAUUUGCAAACUAGGCGGAAUCACAUUUUCUCAGGUGAAAAACACUAUUUUCUAUUGUUUGUUUAGCUCCUCCACUUAUCAACUACUACUACUACUACCACUACAUCGGCGGUCGUGCAUCGGUAACCUUCUCCGGAUGACUCGUACAGGUGAAAAUGGGAAGGAUAGGCGUCGUUCGAGAAGUAAGUCGGCUUCUCCGGACCGCAAAAAGAAACGGUCACGCAGUCACGAUCGCAGCAAGGCCAGUAGUUCCCGUUCGUCCGUCAACAAUGGUGGUACGAAUGCGGCCAGUUUUUCGGCAUCUGUUUUCGGUGGCAGUGGUAGCAGCAGUAGCAGUGCCGCCCGCCGUGAACGCCACCGCGAGGAGCAUCGGGAACGUGAGCGAGAACUCUGGGAGCGGGAGAAGGAACGUGACCGGGAGCUAGAAAAGGAACGCGAAAAAGAAGCCGCGCGCAAACGGGAACGCGAAAAGGAGCGGGAAAAGCUACGAGAGCAGGCAACCAAAUAUGCGCAAAGUGUAAGCAGCAGUGGAAAGCAAUCCAAGUUCGAUCAGAUGCCACCGGGCAUGAUGGCACCACCACCACUUCUACCUCCAACGGUGGUGGUUGUGGAAAAGUUAGCUGAAGAGAAGAAGUCCAUCUUCCGAGAAAGGCCCAAAGAAGAAGUGUACGAGGUCCCGGUGGCUCCAAUCGACAAGGAGGAGGAACAGCGUCGUCUGGAGCAGGAAAUGACGAAACGUCGCGAGCGCAUCGAACGAUGGCGUGCGGAGCGUAAUAAGAAGGAACAGGAAAUCAAAAAACCACUCCCAACGAUCGUUCCAAUUUCGUCGGCUGGUGCGAAAAAGUGGAGCCUCGAGGACGAUGAGGAAGAUGACGAAACGGAGGACGCAAAGGAUAAGGCGGAAGAGGCUGUCGAGGAGGAGGAAGAAAUUGACCCGCUGGAUGCGUUUAUGAAGGAAGUGAACGAAGAGGUACGCAAAGUUAACAAGCUCGCCAAUCCGCUCCCGAAAACGGAUGGCAAAGCGUCCAACAGUGGCGUUACGAUAAUUACCGGAGUGGCAAAGCAAAAGUCGGAAACGAAGAAAGGUGAACUGAUCGAGCAGAACCAGGAUGGGCUGGAGUAUUCGUCGGAAGAAGAGCAGGAAGACAUUAAGGAUACAGCGGCGAAUCUUGCCAACAAGCAGAAAAAAGAAUUGGCUAAAAUUGACCAUUCCGGCAUUAACUACAUGCCCUUUAGAAAGUCGUUCUACGUGGAGGUGCCAGAAAUUGCUCGCAUGACCCAGACGGAGAUUGAUGCGUACAAGAAGGAGCUGGAAGGUAUUGCAGUCAAGGGCAAAGGAUGCCCGAAACCGAUCAAAACCUGGGCCCACUGUGGUGUGUCCAAGAAGGAGUUUGAGGUGUUGCGUAAGCUUGGCUUCGAAAAACCAACUCCUAUCCAGUGUCAGGCCAUACCGGCCAUCAUGUCGGGAAGGGAUUUGAUAGGCAUAGCCAAAACUGGCAGUGGAAAAACGCUUGCCUUUAUUUUACCCAUGUUCCGGCACAUUCUCGAUCAGCCUCCGCUGGACGACGGUGAUGGACCGAUUUCGAUCAUCAUGACACCGACGCGAGAGCUUUGCAUGCAGAUCGGGAAGGAUAUUAAGAAAUUUUCGAAAUCUCUAAACCUGCGGACGGCAUGCGUUUACGGUGGGACGGGCAUAUCGGAACAGAUUGCGGAGCUAAAGCGGGGAGCAGAAAUUAUUGUCUGUACACCGGGGCGUAUGAUCGAUAUGCUGGCGGCUAAUUCGGGCCGUGUGACAAACCUAAGGCGUGUGACGUACGUCGUGCUUGAUGAAGCCGACCGUAUGUUCGACAUGGGCUUUGAACCUCAGGUGAUGCGCAUCAUCGACAACGUGCGUCCCGAUCGGCAAACUGUUAUGUUUAGUGCAACAUUCCCGCGCCAGAUGGAAGCACUGGCACGAAGGAUCCUGAAGAAACCGAUCGAGGUGCAGGUCGGCGGACGUUCGGUCGUUUGUAAGGACGUCGAACAGCACGUAGUUGUGUUGGAUGAUGAGGCAAAAUUCUUCAAACUACUCGAACUGCUCGGUCUCUAUCAGGAGCAGGGGAGUAUUAUCGUGUUCGUCGAUAAGCAGGAGAAUGCCGACAGUCUGUUGAAGGAUUUGAUGAAAGCAUCCUAUCCGUGCAUGAGUCUGCACGGUGGUAUCGAUCAGUUUGAUCGAGACUCGACCAUGGUGGAUUUUAAGCAGGGGCGUGUAAAACUGUUGAUCGCUACCUCAGUUGCAGCUCGGGGUUUGGACGUGAAGCAAUUGAUUCUAGUAGUGAACUAUGACUGCCCAAAUCACUACGAAGAUUACGUGCAUCGUUGCGGACGGACAGGGCGCGCUGGGGCAAAAGGAUUUGCAUGGACAUUCCUUACGCCGGAACAGGGACGCUACGCGGGUGAUAUCAUUCGAGCGCUCGAACUGUCCGGCGGCACUGUGCCUGACGAUUUGCGAAACCUUUGGGACACGUACAAAGCAGCACAGGAAGCAGAAGGCAAGAAGGUACACACUGGCGGAGGAUUUAGCGGCAAGGGCUUCAAGUUCGAUGCUCAGGAAGCGGCCGCCGUCAACGAGCGUAAGAAAAUGCAAAAAGCCGCCCUUGGAUUACAAGAUUCUGACGACGAGGAAGAUCUUGAACAGGAUAUUGAUCAGCAAAUCGAAAACAUGUUCGCCACCAAGCGCAUUGUGAAGGAGGUGGAAGCACCAGCGACAAACAACCGUGAGCAACAGAAUAAUCCACCACCGGUACCUGCUCCACCGGCGCCGAACGUUACCCACUCUGACAAGCUCGAACUGGCUAAGCGAUUGGCAUCGAAGAUAAACCUGCAGAAAACACUCGGCACAGAUUCAAAGGGUGCGACACAGCAGGCAGCCGAAGCAAUUCUGAAGGGUGCCAAUACGCAACAAUUAAUCGCUGCCAAAACGGUCGCGGAACAGCUGGCUGCGAAGCUGAACAACAAGCUUAACUAUCAACCGAAAGACGAGGAAGAACCGGUGGUGGAGACGAACGAGCAGGUGUUCCGCAAGUAUGAGGAAGAGCUGGAAAUUAACGAUUUCCCGCAGCAGGCUCGCUGGAAGGUAACAUCGAAGGAAGCUUUAGCGCAAAUUUCCGAAUACUCUGAGGCAGGCCUUACCGUGCGUGGUACGUACGUGCCACCCGGUAAAAAUCCUCCCGACGGUGAGCGUAAGCUGUACCUAGCUAUCGAAAGCUGCAAUGAGCUUGCGGUGACGAAGGCAAAGCGAGAAAUAACGCGCCUUAUCAAGGAAGAGUUGCUGAAACUUCAGGCGUCGUCUCAUCAUGUCAUUAACAAAGCCCGUUACAAGGUGGUGUAAAUGGAUGC